UCUGCAUACGUCAUCGCUCCGCGCCGCGGCGAGGACUUUCCAGGCCGGGUCAGGGCAAUGGAGGCAACCGCGGCUCCGGCCGUGAGGGGGUUGCGCGCGGGCUGCUGUCGUCUCCGCUCCGGGGCAGGUUCUGAAAGAAAAUGGAGUUUGCAGUCAAAACAGACUUCUUUCAGAUUUUGUAGUACUGGAAUGACCUUGGACAACAUCAACAAGCCAGCCAUAGAUCGCAUAAUCAGGGUGGAUCAUGCAGGGGAAUAUGGGGCAAAUCGUAUUUAUGCUGGGCAAAUGGCUGUGCUAGGUAGAACUACAGUAGGACCAGUCAUUCAGCAAAUGUGGGAUCAAGAAAAGGACCAUCUGAAAAAGUUUAAUGAGUUAAUGGUCACUUUUAGAGUUCGACCUACUAUUUUAUUGCCUUUUUGGAAUGUUGCAGGGUUUGCUUUAGGUGCUGGAACUGCUUUACUUGGAAAAGAAGGUGCAAUGGCUUGCACUGUGGCAGUGGAAGACAGCAUAUCAAAGCAUUAUAACAACCAGAUCAGAACACUAAUGGAGGAGGAUCCAGAAAAAUACAAAGAAUUAUUGCAGAUAAUAAAGAAGUUCCGGGAUGAUGAGCUGGAGCACCAUGAUGCAGGGCUUGACCACGGUGCAGAAUUGGCACCAGCUUAUUCGCUUUUGAAGACUGCUAUACAAAUUGGAUGUAAAGCUGCAAUAUUUUUAUCAGAGCGAAUUUAGCGCUCUGUUUUUCAAUAAUAUAAAAGAUUAUGGUAUUAAAUUAAGACUUAACCAGCGCACUUGUGACAUGAAACUAAUAGAUACUUUUUACAGUAACUGACUUUUUCCCCCCCUUCUUUUUAUAAAGGAUCUGAUUCUGCCAGUCUUACUUAUGCUAAGUAGUAUCUUGCUCAAUAGGUAUUUUCAAUCGAAAUUAUUGGGGCUACCUGUGGAGUAAUAUACUUACAAUGUGAGUAUGGAUGGUAGAAUUGGGUCCUUAUUGACUAAAUCUAAAAUGAAAUUAAAAGGCUGUUUUUCAACGAAAAAAAUCUGCUGGUUUUGCAAGUAUUCACAAGGUGGCAGUAAAGCAUGUGUCUAUGUUAUAGUACAUACAUUUAGUAUUAGUCUUCUUUACUUGUACAGACUUUUAAAAAUGAGCUAAUCCUUCCAUUUAAUUUAAGAUGAUACAUUUAGCACAGAUUAUUUUCUGAGUUUUAUUUUCAGGGGAAGUAAAUAAAGUUCUGGUAAGAAUAUUUCCCUCAUAUGUCUCAAAUAAAGGUCUGUUAUUACAGGGCUCUAUUUCAUUGAUAUGACUUUCAACUUUGUAUUCUCCUUGGGCCUAAUUCUGAAGUUAUUUAGUCAAAAAUUCCCUUUGUCCUGAAUGUGUACAGAAAAAGUGGGCCCUAUAUACUUGAUUUAAAGCAGAAGGAGACAGAUACUAGCUGCAAUUAGUAACAGUGUUUCUUUUCAUGAGUUUUAGCUCUUCCUAUCCCAUUUCUUCUUGGAGAGAGACAUACCAGCUUUCACAGUGCAAGGGAAUAAGGUUCCCCAAACCUCUUAAAAGCACCCUAGCAUGAGAGCAAUUGAAGUAAACUAGACAAAAUUCUGACUGCAUCUUUCACAAGAAGUGCAUACUGUCAAUGCCUGGUGAUGACAGAGAAAUACAGACCGCUCCGUGCAAUAAUGCUCUUGGUAUAUCUUAAACUGGAGGGAUCACUACCAGUUCAUUCAACAGAAGUACAGAUUUUACAAAACUCCUUUCUAGAGCCCUGGGAUGUAGACAGUUAAUGGCUUCAAGCGGCCAAAGAGUAGGAUUCGGAUGUGAAUUUCCAGAUGAGACUGGUACAGCUUGUUUAGUAGGGAACUAUUCAUACAGUACAGGAGAUCUUGGGUCAUGUGGUGUCCACUGUUCCUUCUGCCUAAAGCACCUCUUGCCCAUUCUUCCAUUGUCACUGCCUUCUAGGGAAGAUGUAAUCAAAACGAAAACUUUAAAGGGAAUUCGGCACUGUUUUUUCACACACAAAUAUUCCUUUUUAACAUUUUAUAGUUUAAUAAUGAGUCAGGCCAAUUUAAUGCUACUUAUGGUAGAGACUAAACCACUUGCACUUCAAUGCAAAAUUUUCACAGUGACCUCUGCAGUGUUUAAGCAAAAUCACUUCCGGAAUGUAUGCCAGUUAGAUGUGCUGACCUAUUGAUAUAAAAUCAUUUGAGGUCACUGUUAAAUUUGUGUUAAAGUGCAAGUUUGAAGCUGGGAUACGUAUUGAUUUUGGUUGUCUGUUGGAGAUGAGCUUUCACUUCUAUCAACAGUGUUGUAUGAAGAUGGAAAAGAAUUUAAAAGUCUUUCCUCUUAAAUCAUGGAAACAAAAAGUUAAGGUUUUGGGUGGAGGGAGUGUGUCCUGUUCUUGUUUGCUAAUCUAGUUUUCAUCCUUUCUGUUGAAUGGAGAGCAUUUAGCUUGUUUGCCAGAUUAGAAAUAGAAUCCUUUUGUUGUUCAAGAUUAAAAGUUGUAGCAUAUCAAGUACUGUUUCUUACAGACAAACCGAACAGUGGUGGAGAAAUUAUUGAAAAGCUGGCUCACAAGUGGGGGGGUAGCCUUUUUUUUUUUUUUUUUUUUUUUUUGCAAAGGUGGGAAUCAGAAGGUGAGAAACAGAGGAUCUCAGAGGUACUGCUCAUGCCACUAUUAUUAAAGCGUUGUUAGCACUACCAGUAUAAAACCUCUUUUACAGGGGGGUUAUAAGUCAUCUGUAAAAAUUCAUUCCUAGCUAAAACUUAGUAUUUAAGGUUUCUGAAAAAGGAUGAUUUCCCUGCCCCCUUUCCCCACCUUAAAUUUGGUCAAAAAAAGUAGAUCUUCAAUAGAAACUUUUUGUAUGCUCCCUAUCACUAGUCACAAUGGCUUUUUAUAUAAACAGCAAC